GCCCGCUGUGUGCUCCGGUUGAUGACGUGUCCUGAACACGCUCUUAAUAGAGGCUGUGACCGGCGCUAACCAGCUAGCCGCUAGACUACAGGAGACGAUCGUCGGAGGAACACCAUGGCCAUUAAAUUCUUAGAGGUGAUAAAGCCAUUCUGUGCGGUUUUACCCGAGAUCCAGAAACCAGAGAGGAGGAUUCAGUUCAGAGAAAAGGUGUUAUGGACCGCAAUCACGCUGUUCAUAUUUCUGGUGUGCUGCCAGAUUCCCCUCUUUGGAAUCAUGUCUUCAGACUCAGCAGAUCCUUUUUACUGGAUGAGAGUGAUCCUGGCAUCCAACAGAGGUACUCUGAUGGAGUUGGGUAUCUCUCCCAUUGUGACAUCUGGUCUGAUCAUGCAGCUGCUGGCUGGAGCUAAAAUCAUUGAAGUUGGAGACACACCGAAAGAUAGAGCACUCUUUAACGGAGCUCAGAAACUCUUUGGCAUGAUCAUCACCAUUGGCCAGUCUAUCGUGUAUGUGAUGACUGGCAUGUAUGGAGACCCUUCAGAGAUGGGUGCUGGAAUCUGCCUUCUCAUCAUCAUCCAGUUGUUUGUGGCCGGUCUGAUCGUGUUGCUGCUGGAUGAGUUGCUGCAGAAGGGUUACGGUUUGGGCUCUGGUAUUUCUCUCUUCAUCGCCACCAACAUCUGUGAGACAAUCGUAUGGAAGGCAUUCAGCCCAACAACAGUCAACACAGGAAGAGGUACAGAGUUUGAAGGAGCCAUUAUUGCUCUGUUCCACCUGUUGGCCACUCGUACUGAUAAAGUUCGAGCUCUGAGAGAAGCCUUCUACAGACAGAACCUGCCCAACCUCUUGAACCUCAUCUCUACAGUCUUCGUCUUUGCAGUGGUCAUAUACUUUCAGGGCUUCAGAGUUGAUCUCCCUAUCAAAUCUGCACGUUACCGUGGCCAGUAUAACACAUAUCCCAUCAAACUGUUCUACACCUCCAACAUUCCCAUCAUCCUGCAGUCUGCAUUGGUGUCCAACUUGUAUGUCAUCUCUCAAAUGCUCUCCACUCGCUUUAGUGGGAACUUUUUGGUCAACCUGCUGGGUACUUGGUCGGAUACCUCAAGUGGAGGGCCAGCUCGUGCUUAUCCAGUAGGUGGUCUGUGUUACUACCUCUCUCCCCCAGAGUCCUUCGGCACAGUUCUGGAGGAUCCAGUCCAUGCCAUCAUUUACAUCAUCUUUAUGCUGGGAUCCUGUGCAUUCUUCUCUAAGACCUGGAUUGAGGUGUCUGGAUCCUCUGCCAAAGAUGUUGCCAAACAGCUGAAAGAACAGCAGAUGGUUAUGAGGGGACACCGAGAAACUUCUAUGGUCCAUGAACUGAACCGGUACAUCCCCACAGCAGCAGCUUUCGGAGGCCUGUGUAUAGGUGGCCUCUCAGUCAUGGCAGACUUCCUGGGAGCCAUCGGUUCAGGAACUGGAAUCUUGUUGGCCGUCACCAUCAUCUACCAGUACUUUGAGAUCUUUGUGAAAGAGCAGAGUGAAAUGGGCAGUAUGGGUGCCCUCCUCUUUUAGUACAGCCCUCUGUGACCACAUCGGACUGACUGAAUUUAUGAGGUUAAGUUGUUGUUGUUUUUUUUUUUUCUUUUUUUUUUUUUUUAACACACAAAUUCAAUGUUCUACAUCAAGGAUGUCCUCCCACUGUGCAUCUGAUCUUGACCUGUAGUGGCUCGCUUCGCAUCAGAGUUGCAGAGUAAAUUGUAAUCCGUUCUCUUGGAGGGAAAAAAAAAAUUGUGUAUAAUUUUUUUUUUUUUUUUUUUUUAAUGAAUCUUCCAAUCCAGAAACACACGCAUUUGGGUGUUUCUGAUUACAUGUCAUUCCAUUCAUUAAAGCAUAAUAGAAGAAACAUGUCCAAACUUGAUCAGCCUUUGAUAUGCCUUGGACUAAAUGUGUCUCAGUAUGUGUGUGAUGAGGUAAGCACAAUGUUCUAUCAUGGCAAUGGUUGAUCUUAGUGUAUGUGUGGGUAUGUGCACAUUUGCCGGUUGCAUUUCGUGUGGACUGAGUUUGUGAUAACAUGGGAUUGGUUGUUAAAUUUUCCCAAGUUUAUCGGUGCGACUUCUUUGAGAUUACUACGUUGGACUUGUUGAAAUUUUGCCAACAGAGUAAGUUAUUUAUGUUUGUUGUUUUCUUCCUGUAUUUACAAACUGUUAUAAAGUAGUUCUGUAUAUUUCAGUUACACUACUCAGAAAUAUUUCUAUUAUCUACACUUUUAGAUCUAAUUAACUGUGGUUUCUUUUAGUGAAGCAAAUGCUACAGAAACUGCCCGUUAAUGAAUAUGCCAGUGUUGAUAUUAGAGGAUGUGGUUUGUAAAAGAACGUUUCAAGGUUUUUUGUUUUUUUUUUCUUAUAAAGCCCAUAGUAUUAAAAUGUUGAGAAUAACCCACGUAUGGAGUUUUGUUCUUUGUACAUUAUUUUUUUCUAAAGCGGUUCAUUUGAAAAUAAAAUAAACUGUUCCUGUAGUUUUUAGAGUGAAAAUAUAAGAACCACCAAGGCUACCACAUUUUACUACUACUAAUAAUAAUAAAGUUAACUUCUCUUUAAGUUAAUUUUUUUUUCUCAGUUUAAUGUCGUAAUGUGCUUUAAUGCGAUGUAAUGCAUGCCCUCAUCCAUGAUAAUAAAAUUAAUUUGAAAUUUG